AUUCCAUCCAAACGUCCCGUCUUUUCAGCCACACCGCACCUUACACUUUGCAUUUCACUCUCCUUUCGUCGCCCACCGAGUACAACCCGUCGUCAGCCUAUAUCCUUCCCUGAGUGGCGUCGCGUCUACCACCGUCUUCGCCUCACCUGCCCUCGUGCAGGCAUUCGCUCCUUGAUCAAAUUCUUACCCGAUCCACGACGACGAUAUCCUUUUGAACUGCACCUCGCCACGAGGCUUCUAGACCGGGCGUCCUGCUAUCUUCGCAUUCGAGGAUCGACUUUUGGUUACAGUCCCUGCGGGCUGCUUGGCCACACUGAUUCAUUCCCACUAAACAACCUACCUGCCGAACAUCCUGCGUCUUCCCGCCGUGGACCAAGGUCCCACGCAGAAUAUUUGGCGUGCCGAAUUCUCGGCAAGAUCUUUUGAUCAGUCUUCGUGGGAGGAAGAGCCAGGACAUGUAAACGCCAGAUUAUGUGACCAAGAUAACCAUCCAGAGGGAAGAUUUGCGCAUCCAUAGAGGCUAUAAGGCAUUGCGAUGCGUUUGCUCUAGUUUGGCAGAGCGUGCCAUCGCUGGAGGAGACUUCGGUGGCAAAAACACACUCAUUAAAGGACGGUUCGGCACGUACUUGACCCGGUGCGACGACACUGCUUGAGCCACCAGCGUGUUCUUUCAACAUGUCAAGGCCUCUCUCGAGCCAUGAGUCGGACACGACAAAGGCUCAGGCAUCGCCUUCUCAAGAUUUACAUCAACAACAGCCCCAAGGAGAGCCACCGAGACGGCGGACUGGGCAACGCCCGCCAACAUGGAUCUCUUUAGGACCUACACAAGCGCCUGUCAGCAUGUUCACUGGCAGAGGUCAUGGUCCAGUGUCACCUGCAGCCUCGACCAGGUCCGACGAUGCCUAUUCGAAUCUUAGUCCAGGUUCGGUAGACCGAGUCUUUCCUAUCCGCUCAGCCGUCACGAUUGAUCCUACUGCCACACCUAUGCCGAGGGGUGAGAUGGGUUCGGGGUUUCCUGGUGUGAGACCAAUUGCAAGUUCGAGGACAAUACCAACACGAGCUUCAGAGAGGCCUAAUUCGCCACCACUUCAAGAAACAGGAAGGACAACAUUUAUAUCAGAGUCCUCGGAAGCUCCCGUUGCCGGCCCACCCCGCCGACGGUACUCUUACACCAAGCCUGCCUCCACUAACUUCGAGACUCAAUCACUCUUCCAUAUUAUGACAGGCUCAGGAGAUGGCCAGUCCCAAAAGUCCCAAAAGUCAGAAGUAUCCAGCCUGUCUGGGGCAGAGCCCUUAUCUGCAACCCCAGAACCGGCUUUGGUCACGGCUCGCUUCAAGCACAUAGUAACUGAUGGAGGCCACGCCGUGAUCACCGGUCGAGAUGGCGAAACAUUACAGCGUUGCGAGGAUGAACCCAUACACAUUCCCGGUGCCAUUCAGAGCUUUGGACUUCUGGUCGCGUUACGGGAGGAAGAAGAGAAGUUCGUGGUUCGAGUUGUCAGCGAAAACGCUGCCAAAAUCAUUGGCUACGCCCCGCAGCAGCUAUUCAAGCUCGAUUCGUUUCUGGACAUUUUCAGCGACGACCAAGCCGAUAACCUUCUGGAUCACCUGGAUUUCAUCCGAGACGAAGGCGCAGGAGAUGCAGUGACCAAUGGACCUGACGUAUUCAUGCUCUCCAUCAGGCCUCCUCAUGGGAGAACGCGCAAGCUUUGGUGUGCAAUGCAUAUUUCGGAGAGCGACCCUGGUAUGAUUAUCUGCGAGUUUGAGGUCGAGGACGACCAGGUGAAUCCCAUUAGACCUCCAGACGAAGCCACUCCCGAAUUUCCAGAGGAUACGCUUGGGAGCAAUCCUACCGAGGAAGAGUACAAUGAUAGUACUGUCAACAUCAGCAGACCUCUUCGGGUGCUCAGAAGUGCACGGAAGAAAAGAACUGAAGCAGCUGCUAUGGAGGUUUUCAAUAUCAUGUCUCAGGUGCAGGAGCAACUAGCAAAUGCGCCAACCCUCCCGGUAUUCCUGAGAGUCCUGAUUGGUAUUGUCAAGGAAUUGACUGGGUUUCAUCGUGUGAUGAUCUACCAGUUCGAUCAAGCCUGGAAUGGGCGUGUUGUGGCAGAACUUGUCGACCCGAGGGCAACCCGCGAUCUUUACAAGGGUCUGAAUUUUCCAGCAUCGGACAUUCCAAAGCAGGCGAGAGAUUUGUACAAGAUAAACAAGGUCCGGCUUCUCUAUGACCGCGAUCAAGAGACGUCUCGUCUGGUGUGCAGGACAAUGGAAGACUUGGAAAAGCCACUUGAUAUGACACACGCCAAUCUACGGGCAAUGUCACCUAUCCAUCUGAAAUACCUGACUAACAUGGCUGUCCGUUCCUCAAUGUCGAUAUCCAUCAAUGCCUUUGGCGAGUUGUGGGGAUUGAUUGCUUGUCACUCUUACGGGAACAAGGGCAUGAGAGUAUCGUUUCCCAUCCGCAAGAUGUGCCGCCUUGUUGGUGACACUGCCUCUCGCAACGUCGAGCGCCUAUCAUACACCUCGAGGCUUCAGGCGCGGAAACUCAUCAACACUACUUCUUCUGCUACCAAUCCCUCUGGAUACAUCGUGGCUUCAUCCGAGGAUCUCUUGAACUUGUUUGAUGCUGAUGUCGGUGCUCUUUCAAUACGCGACGAAACCAAAGUAAUGGGAAGGUCUAGGGGACACCUCCAAGAGGUCCUUGCCAUGGUUGAAUAUCUGCGUAUGAGGAAGAUGACCGCCGUGUCCAGCUCCCAAGAUAUCACACAAGACUUUCCCGAUUUAAAAUACGAGCCGGGCUGGAAGUACCUUGCUGGUGUGUUGUAUGUUCCACUCUCCAGUGGGGGAGGUGAUUUUAUUGCGUUCUUCCGCAAGGGUGCUCUCCAAGAGGUCAAGUGGGCUGGCAACCCUUACGAGAAAUUCAUUAAAGAAGGAACCGAAGGCUACUUGGAACCGCGCACGAGUUUCAAAGCUUGGAGUGAGACCAUCGUUGGUCGAUGUCGUGACUGGAGUGACGAGGAAAUUGAAACCGCAUCUGUCUUGUGUCUCGUCUAUGGCAAGUUCAUCGACGUUUGGCGCCAAAAGGAGGCUGCCGUGCAGAACAGUCAGCUCACACGGCUGCUCCUGGCCAAUUCGGCGCACGAGGUUCGAACCCCACUCAACGCGAUCAUCAAUUACCUCGAAAUAGCAUUAGAGGGCCAUUUGGACCAAGAUACUCGGGAGAAUUUGGCACGGUCACAUUCGGCCUCGAAAUCAUUGGUCUACGUGAUCAAUGACCUUCUCGAUCUGACCAAGACGGAAGGAGGCCAAAAUCUGGUCACGGACGAAACUUUUGAUCUGCUGGCGACGCUGAAGGAAGCCACGGACCCGUUUGUUGGGGAUGCCAAACGCAAAAGCCUCGAGUAUCAUGUUUCAAUUGCCGCUGAUUUGCCAAAGAAAGUCGUCGGGGAUCAUCGCCGGGUUCGCCAGGUCGUGUCAAACCUCAUCGCCAAUGCUGUUCAACACACGAAUGAGGGAAAGGUGGACGUCCAAGCUUCGUUGUCGGGCAACUCUCCGCAAGAAGGCAAGACCGAAAUCGAAGUAAUCGUCGAGGACUCCGGCGUUGGGAUGACACAGUCGAAGGUCGAUGCCCUGUUCAGGGAGCUCGAAGAAGUCACAUAUGAAGAGGACCUUCCGGACAGCAAAUUGUUGUCGGGCAACCCCUUCUCUGAGCAGUCAGGAAGUCAGCAAGUGACGUUGGGUCUCGGGCUUGCUGUAGUUGCUCGAACUAUCCGGCAUAUGCAUGGGCAACUCCGGGUUAAGACUGAGGAAGGCAGGGGCUCCCGAUUCAUCAUUGUGCUGAGUUUUAACACUGCUACCGAGGAAGCAGAGAAGACGGCUCGGGCAGUUCAAUCCCCCUCACCUCGCCCCAGCACGACAUCGUCUGCAGCUCCAAAGGAGGGUGAGGUUACGUUGAUUUACAAGAACCCAAAAAUGCGUCCUGGGCCUGGGCUCAUGUUGAGAAGAGAAAGCGCCGAGAGCAUGAACAGCGUGAGAAGUGGAAAGAGUGGUACUAGUUUGAAGAGUGACAGCAGUGCAAAAAGCGAUGCUGACAGGCUGAUUGAUGCUAUCCAAGAGCCGCUUCGCCUAUCCGAAACGAAGAGCAAUACGCCUGACGCGGGUGGCAGAGGAAAGCCUACUUCAAUGACCUCGGCAUUGAACUCGAGGGAAGCACCAGGAUCUCCGACCAGGUCCAGACAGAUUUCGUCGCCUCAAGAAUCCAGGCCAAGUUCCAUCAUGAAGCCAUACGGCGCGGAAAGGGUUGCUGGUUCAGGGACGCCUCUCCGGCCUGUGCACAUGCCCGACGAAUUUCAGGAGAAUGCAGGCGAAUCCAAGACGGUGGCCAGGGUGCUUUUCGAAGAGCCGGAAUCUGUAGGGCCGCCGUCAGACACGACAGAAGUGGCGAAGGCCAUCUCGGCUGAGAAUUUCUCUGUCCUAGUGGCGGAGGACGACCCCAUCAACAGCAAGAUUAUGAAGAAGCGUCUCGAAAAGCUGGGACAUUCAGUUCACAUGACAGUGAACGGGGAGGAAUGUUCAUCGGCUCACGGCGAGCAGCCUGCCUCUUUCGACGCGAUUCUCAUGGAUUUGCAAAUGCCAAUCGUGGACGGUUUCAGCUCGACGAAGAUGAUUCGGUCAUACGAGAAAACGCAUGCAGGCACCUGCCUGUCGAGCAGAGCUCGGCAGAACGGCAAGAUUCCGAUUUUUGCUGUCUCGGCAUCGUUGGUCGAGAAGGAGCGGGACAAGUACAUUCAAACUGGCUUUGACGGUUGGAUAUUGAAGCCAGUCGAUUUCAAGAGGGUUGAUCUGUUGCUCAAAGGCAUUGUUGACUCCGAGGCACGAAAUAGCUGCCUUUAUGAGAAAGGCAAAUGGGAGAGCGGUGGUUGGUUUACUCCUGCGGAUGACCAACAUGGCCCUUUUACUGUUGACACUCGUCCGAGUCAAGAGAAGCCGACUAUGGAGACAGAAGAGCCUCAGAAAUAGGACGACGUCGGACCGUUAUCAGCCAACUCAGCACCACGGCCCGAAGCUACGAUUACAGCAGUAGCCGAAAGUCUCGAAUAGUGCCUCCACGGCUACGACCACAACGAGCCCUCAGCAAGGUGAGCGACAUGUAUAUGUGCUCAUUGCCACGACUCAGCCGAUGCAAAUGCUCAUUUGAGACCUCACGAGGCUAUUAUUUAGUAGGCAGGCGCUUCACACUGAACGCUGAACGAUUGGGGUGGUAUAUUUAUCUCUUGAUGAGGAUCAGCAGAAUUGUCUAAUCAGGUGUGCUGAGUUUGAAUGCCUCUUAUGCGAAGUCUAGCGUCUGGCGAUAAUGAGUUAAGAUUUUUCACCGUCACCACGACUCCCACAAAAUUGAAUGGUGAAGCCAUAGAAAGGACGAAAGCAUGGAGAACCACGAGGAUAGAGAUGCAUGUCAUGGCGUUGGGCCAACAGAAACGGGUGCACAGCAAGCGCAAGAGCAAGAUGCAAAGCAGGCAGCGUAGUUAUCCGUACUGUAUUAUAAUCCCAACAACAAAUCACCGGCCUACUUUGGUAAGCAGUCAUCCGUCAUAUGCUCCUCUUGUCCGUCCGACGUUGUUGGUGAGCCGCUAUCUCGUAGAUAACAUUGGCUGCGAC